AUGGAUGGCCUCUCUGCUGCAGCGAGUAUUAUCGCCGUGGUGCAACUCACGGCUGAGGUUACGAAAUACAUCAUUGGUGUCGCUGGAGCCUCAAAAGAUCGACAGCGACUACUUGACGAGAUUUUAGCCUGCGAGGCUCUUCUCAUGCGGCUCCGCGAUUAUUCCAGAGGAACUGACGGACCCGAGAUUCAGGAUUGGGACGCCGACCAGACCAUGACCCGUAGUGCCCAGACGUGGUCGGUCAAGGUCAAGGCCUUGGAGAGCGACGAUGCACCUUUGUACCGCUUGUAUAAGAUUCUCGAUGCUGUGAAAACAAAGCUGCAGCCAGGUGACAGGAGCGGGGUCCAAAAAGUCAAGGCCGCCUUACAAUGGCCAUUCGAUGAGAAGGAAGUGGCAAAGCUAGUCGAUGCAUUUCAGCGUGAAAGAUCACUUUUGCAUUUCGCCAUGACACACGAAAGCACACAGCUGGUGAACCACAUCAAGGCAACCUCAGACGAGAAUAGCAGACAAUUGACCGAUUUGGUCAGACUUAUCAAGAACAAAUCAACUGAGGAUGAGCAUCGAGUCGCACGACUUGACCGUAUCCUGACCGACAUACAGCUGUCCAACCUCAACAUAGCAGAAGGGAUUGGACACCUUGAAGACAGCCAGAUGAGCGCCCACCAGAAAGAAGUCCUCGACUGGAUAUCACCCGUGGAUUAUGCUCCCCAACAAAGCGACAUAUUCAGCCGGCGAGAACCAGGAACUGGUGAGUGGCUGCUGGAAUCAGACGAGUACAAUUCCUGGGUAAAAGGCGACAAACAAACAUUGUUCUGUCCUGGUAUUCCAGGUGCUGGCAAAACGAUCAUGGCAUCCAUCGUGGUCAAUUCACUACUUGAAUCCUUCCACUCCGAAAGCAGUAUUGGAGUUGCAUAUAUAUAUUGCAACUUCCGUCGGCGCCACGAACAGAAAGCCAGUGACCUCAUCGCGAAUCUUCUAAAGCAACUUAGUGAGAACCAGCUAUCACUAUUCAAGCCGGUGGAGGAACUAUACAAUAAGCGCAAGGCAUCCCGUACGCGCCCAUCGCUACAGGAACUUGGUCGUGUUCUGCAAGAGGUUGCCGCGACAUAUUCUCGUGUGUACAUCGUCCUUGACGCUCUGGAUGAAUGCGAGACCACCGACGGCACGCUACCAAACUUCAUCCAACAAGUGCUUGACCUUCAAAGUACAACAAAUUCAAAUAUUCUAGCAACCUCUAGGUAUAUUCCAGAGAUCAAGGAGAAGUUUAGGAAAGCCGUCUCUCUUAAAAUCCGCGCUAGUGAGCCGGAUAACAAGCCUGAGCUUCAAGAGGAAAUCAAGUCAAGAAUACUGGAAUCAGUCCAGGGGAUGUUUCUCCUUGCGCAGCUGCAUCUCGAUUCCCUUGUCGGCAAGAGAUCACCCAAAGCUGUCCGUGCUAUUCUCAAAGCCUUGCCGAGUAAUUCAAGCACAUCAAAAGCAUACGACAAAGCAUACGGCGAUGCUAUGAAGCGAAUCGAAGACCAGUUGACAGAUCAAGCGAUAUUGGCUAAAGAAGCACUCAUGUGGAUUUCAUGCGCCAGACGGUUGCUUAGUCCCACGGAACUUCAACAUGCCCUUGGCAUCGAAUUAGACUCUACGGAGUUCGACGAGGAAAAUCUUAGCGAGAUCCCCGACAUCGUCUCUGCUUGCGCUGGCCUGGUGACCGUUGACGAACAGAGCAACACUGUUCGGCUAGCACAUUUUACGACACAAGAAUAUUUCGAGCGGACACAGGACCAAUGGUUUCCAGAUGCUGCUAUGGAAAUAUCUGUCAAGACUCUGACAUACUUAUCUUACGAUGUCAUCGUUGAUCAAGUCAGAACUGUUCGAGGUCCAAAACCUGACACUACAGCACAAAAUGGUGUAGAAAAGUCGGAUUCCGUUAUUGAUCAAUCGAAUGACGAAAAGCCAGGAUCCCCAAAUCCUGGUCUUGGUCGAUCGAAAAGCCAGGACUGGAAGAUCAAAAAUAACGUGGCGGAGAGCGACGAAGAUUAUGAUGUCAAGAAGAUGCUUCGAGAUUAUCCGCUGUGUCGAUAUGCAUCAUGCCAUUGGGGUUACCAUGCUCGCAACGUCUUAGAAAUGCCUGAUAUCGUGAAAGAUUUCUUGUCAUCAGAUAAACUUGUCAAGGUGACUGAGCGUCUAAGAUAUGCUGGUGGAUUCAACCCUGGGACCACUGGCCUUCACGAGGCAGCUUACUUUGGGUUCGAAGAGGCUGCAGAAUGGAUGUUGGAGAGAUGCUCGAUCGACGCACUUGACUCAUAUAAUGUAUCGGUUCUGGAGAUGGCAUGUGGGCUUGGCCAUCUUUCGCUCGCUGAAACACUGCUCAAAAAGGGGGCGAACCUACGUGGAACGCCAAUAACGUAUGCAGCUCGACGAGGGCAAGAUGCUAUCGUAACAUACCUUUUCCAAUAUGGUGCGCCACUGGAACCAGGCGCACUAGAGGCAGCUUUCAGACACUUCAAGGAUUCCAAGAUAUCGACCGACAAGGUGCCCAUGUUUCGAACGCUAUUGGAACAUGGCGCUGACCCCAACAUAUUGAUUGACGAAACGUCGCGCCCUUUACACCAUGCCACAUCGGACAAGGUCGAGCCUCUCGUCAAGCUUCUCCUUGACCAUGCGGCCGAUGUGAACGGAAGAGACAAGGAAGGACGAACAGCACUACACUUGGCGGUCGAUUCUGAAAUGGAGCCAUUGGUCCGACUGCUCGUGGAUCGUGGAGCCGAGAUCAACGCCCAGGAUGAUCAAGGUCACACACCACUUUAUCAUGCCGCUGGGCGAGAUAUCGAUAUCAUCGUGCAAUUGCUGAUUGAUCACGGUGCCAAUGCCAUCUUACAAGAUAAACAUGGACUUUCAGUACUUCACCUAGCUAUGGCCUCUACUUUUGAGUGUCUCGUCCAAAGUCUUAUUGGUCGCGGAGAAAGCCCAAAUGCCCAUGGUGCAACUCACAAAACCCACUUUGCUGAGCCCGUUGGUAAUUAUCUAAGGCCAACGAUACUAGAAGAUGAGCCGCAAAUGUUUUUUGAGGAAUACCCCUUGAUCACCAUGCAUGAGUUGUCACUUUUUAGGUCUUUGGUUUCUUCAACGUGGCCAUCACGCCGUCCUCCAAGUAUCGCAUCUAUGGAAGAGCACCUGAGCACGAUGCAAAUACGAAUGGAAUGGGAGUAUGAGCCACUGAUCGGCUCAUUUCUCAGCCGCAUGAGCGAGAAGCGUGUCCUAACAGAAAACUUCGAUGAACCCCUAUACGAUCAAGCUCUAGAUGGCGCCAGGCCUUUUGUUCAGGCAAUGAUAUCUGAGGUCAAGGUCAACAUACGAGAACCUCAGGGUCACUCGUCAAUUUGCAUGGAGAACAUGCACAACGCAUCACGCACUCUACGGUUGUAUUCACAGCAGCUCCCUGCUAUCGAAUUUCAUAGAGAGAUGGUACUCGCUCUUCUCGUCGACUGUGCAAGAUUAGCAGAGAUGCUAUGGCAAAACAAUGCAGCUAUAAAAGAAUUUGACCGAGCUCGAUACGGCGAACUUAUGCUGGCAGCUCGAAAGGGCCAAGACUAUAUUGACCAGAAACUGCAUGAAAGCAGUGCAGUCGACACGACAUUGCACACCGGCAGUGACGAACCCACGACUUUUGUUAUUCAUCCCACCAGCGUAAGAUUGCGGGAGCUGCGGCGGAGGUUUCACACUGAUCUCACACCAGAGCCUGACGAAACGAGCCCAUCUGGCUCCCAGCCGAAGCUCAUAGUGAACCUCCAACUGGUGGGGGCCAGCGAUACACUCGUCAGUGCAGUGCCAUGA